AUGAACACGCAUUAUUUAUAUAUUUUUCCGUUACUGUUAACUUUAUAUCAGAGCCAAGCUCUGAAAUGCAGGUCAGGUAACCAGAAGCUGAGUGAUGACAUACGGAAAGUUAUGCAGAAAUGCAAGCGAAACUCCGAAUCAAAUAGAUUCGGAUCUGAUGACAGUAGUGAUGAAAAUUCUGAGAGCGAUUCAUCUGACAGCGAUAUCUUCGACGAAGAUUUCUUUAAUUUAAAAAAAGAGGACAGUAAUAACAAUAAUAAUAAUAAAAAUAAAGAUAAAGAUUCUCGUGAUGGAAAUUCUGACAGAGGAAACAGAGACCAGAAUGAACAAUCUUGCGUAACUCAAUGUUUCUUCGAUGAAUUGAGAUUGACAAAUAGACAAGGAUUUCCAGAACGUGCUGCAGUUACGAAGAUGAUGCUCCAAGGAAUCCAUGAUCCAAUGGUCCGGGAUUUUAUCGAACAGUCUAUUAUCGACUGUUUUCAUUUUGUGUAUGGUCUGCAUUUAGAUAAAUGUACAUUCUCACAUAAUUUGUUGACUUGUUUUACUGACAAAGGACGCGAGAGAUGUGACGACUGGAAUGAUUAGAUUGUAGGUGUUCGCUAUUUUUUUUCGCACGCAUACGGAUCAAUAGAACGUUUCUUGUUGCACUUAGACAGUAAAUAACAAUUUCCUAUGAUCGUUUUUCGAAGACAAGUUUAUAUUUUUCCAUAAACAACACGUGGUUUGAUUGAUAAUUGAAUUUUUUGUCUGGCUCGAAGGACCAAAAUAUUUUCAAAUCGAGCCGGUGAUUAAGUCUAUAAGUUUGUCAUUGGUAACUGAUAUAACAUAUAUUUAUAUACAUAUAUAGAUAUUGAGGUAUUUUGGGUCAGAUAAACUUGAGGGUUUCAAUAAUUUUAUAGUCGAAUUCCAUUAACUCGGACAAAGUCUACGGAGAAGGGAAAUUUCUUGGAAAUUUCAAAUUAUCAAAUGCCGCCAUCUUUUAAAAAAACUACACGCAUGCGCACUAAUAUCUGCAUCUAGUGAGGGUCAAAAUUGAGGACAAGUUCUGAUUCAAUUUGCUAAGU